CUAUCCAUGAAACUGCAAUGACAGUAUCUAAAUACAAUAGUGACAAUACAAAUAUGCAGUGUAAUUAAUUUUUAUUACAACUGGAGUGGAGAAUAUUACUUAAUACAUUUAAUCAACACAACACUCUGAACGUAAGUCAAAACAAACCUAUUUUAUUGAGAGAGAUAUUAUGAACAGAGGGCAGAUUUUCACACCAAAAUAAACUGGAGUCAAUGGUCAAUCCAUUGCUCCUACACCUAUGUUGAUAAUCAGUAUUCAUAAGUUGAAGAAAGAACAAAGUUUUUAAUAAGUUGAAGAAAGAAAGGGUUUGUUAAUGUUGAGCUAUAUUCUAGGUUCAUUCUGGGUUUAAAAUUUUGGGGCCCCCUAAAGCGUGGGGCCCUGGCCAGUCACCUGGUUUGCUCUCCCCUAAGGCCGCUACUGCUUUUGGGGCCAGGGAAAUGCAGGGCAUCAAAAAACCUUGCUACCUGUUGGGCAUUAUGUCAGUGACAGACGCAAGGUAACUACAUUUUUCUUCUGUGUUACCUCGCAGGGGAGGAGGUAUCAUUUCAGUGUAGAGCGUUAAGAGUAAAGAAAAUUCAAGUAUGUUGUUUCUUUGGGGACUGAAGUGUCUAUGCUCUCUCUCAACUCAAGCACAAGUACAGAAGUUCGGAGCGACAGAAGCCUGCUGUAUCCUGCAGCAUGUCUCCCUGCUAAUGCUGUCCCUCUCCUCCCUAGGGGGACUCCUCUACAAGGAAAGGUGGUGCUUGGGAUGCUUGGGAACUCUGUGAGGUAGCAGCCCUGGGAAUCUGCAGCCUGAGGGAGAGAGCAGCUCCCAGCACUGAGGAAAGAACUCAAGUGCACUGAGACAGAUCAUGGACAUGGAAGAGGAAGAUGAAGCCAUCAGAGAGAAAGCACAGAGUUUAAUCGAAACUGUCAUCAGGGGCGUGAAAGAGCAACUUGAAGCUUUGCAAAAAAAAGAGAGAGAAGCUGAUUACGUCAUUGGAAACAUUCAGUGGAUCGCAUGCAAGGACUUUACGGUGGAGAGGGGAAGGCAGCAGAUCGAGGAGUACAUAUCUCAGACCUGGGAGUUCCAUGAAAGCUGGCUUCACUGGUCAGAUUUCCUCAAGGAAGAACAACUGAAGUACAGCCAGAGGUACCAUUACCGGGUCCGUUGGAGCAUCCCGACAUGCAGGAAGCCCAUCCCUCAAGCGACUGCAUGCAUCUACUUCAUUGUAGAGAUCUCCAACAUUAAACCUCCUAACUUGCCCAUUGAGGUGUUCUUCAUCUUGGAAUCCAAUAGGCUGAUUCACAGACCAGGACGGUGUCGCUUUCGGGAAAAGUGGCUCAAGGAUAUAAUUGAAAGCAAAAUGAUCCUCAUGGAGAGCAUAACCUUCUAAACAAGUAUAUACUGCAGAUUAAAAAUCCACUCUUCCAGGAUGCUCAAGGCUUGGCAGUGUUUUGUUAAAGACAGAACAGGCACACUAUGAGAGUGUGUGUGUGUGACGGAGGAGGUGCUGGGGGGUGACAGGAUGGACAGGGACCUUUUCUUCUCUAACAGUAGUUUAUAUCUUACACAUGAUUAAUACAUUCAUAAGUGAAAAGGUGUUAACUUCAGGUGAAGCUGACAGUAAUUACCUGAAGGCCCUGACCUUCCAACUGUCUCUGCCUGAAAGACCCUUGAACUCACACAGAGCUGCCUUGGCUUCAGUCACUGAGCUGAGGCCAGCCGAGCUGACAGGGAGGAAAACAGCUAGAUUCAGU